CGGCGGUUCGCGGUUGCGCCAACUGGUAGAGGAUGUUGCUAGCCGCCAGUGUAGAUGCAUAGCCUUUUCCACAACAAUAACAUCCAGCGAAUUUGCAUCUCAGUUCAACCCGUUUAGAGGAAUAUACGUUCGGAAGGCGUUCGGAGAGACCGUGCACUGGCCCGCGGCCGCACCGACUUUCCUCGCUGGUAUUUGGACAGAUGUGGUGUUGACAAUGGGAGCGGAUGGCUUUGCACAUUUACUCGGCUCCUUUUUGCAGGAGCAGAAACAAGAAUCAUGGCUGGCCAGCUAGGCCGCACACAGGUUCUGGAGCUAGCAGCGAGCGGUCUGUGGAUCUGAAACAGUGUCUGCGGACUGGGCAUUAGCACGGUACUAGUGGUGCUGACAGCCGGAGUUUGAACUGCACGGCUAUCGUCACUUCGGUUGUCUUUGUGGGCCGUCAACACUAGCUAGGCAGCCCGCUAGCGUCACAACCUUGACUGGUUGACGUCUUCGUCGUUAGCUCUUUUAGCUGCUAUCGUUAGCUAGCAUUGUGCGAGCAGCCAUCCCAUUUAGUCCGAACCUCUGUUAGUGAAAAACACUUGGAGUCAAGAGUUUGUCGUGGUCGUGGUGGGCCUGGUGGGCAUUUGGAUCAACAGUUCCUUUAGCACCGUCUUCCUCUGGAUGAAUGUGGGACAAAAUGGAGACCCCGACGAUUGUGUACGAUUUGGAUACCUCUGGGGGCUUAAUGGAGCAAAUCCAAACACUGCUGGCGCCUCCGAAAUCUGAGGAGGUGGAGAAGAGGAGUCGGAAGUUGGUCAGAGACGUCCGGAGGAGCGGCCGGGCCACCAACCACGACACCUGCGACAGCUGCCGGGAGGGGGGCGACCUGCUCUGCUGCGACCACUGCCCUGCAGCCUUCCACCUCCAGUGCUGCAAUCCACCUCUGAGUGAAGAAAUGCUUCCCCCUGGAGAAUGGAUGUGUCAUCGCUGCAAUGUUCGAAAAAAGAAACGAGAGCAGAAGUCAGAACAGACCAACGGAAUACCAGAGAGGUCUUUGUCCAAGCGUUCUGCGUCCCCGGCCGUGGAGCUGGAGCUCAACGCCGGCCCGCUGAGACUUGACGGCCUCCCCCCGGGGGCCGGGGCGGCUGGACCCGGUCUACGAGUGGCUCAGGUGCGCCUCCUGGACCGCAGGACCAGCAGCAGACCCAGCAGCCGACCCGGAACCCCGACCUCCAACACCUCGUCCACCCCGACCCCGUCCGAGGAGCAGAACGACGGGGAGGAGGAGACGGCGGAGCCAGAGGACGACGUCCAGGGGGCGGAGCUGGAGGGGGCGUCCGUGCCCCCCGCACCCCGCCUCCUCAAGAGGCCCUUCCAGCUGUUAAUAGCAGCCGCGAUGGAAAGAAACCCCACCCAGUUCCAGCUGCCCAGUGAGCUCACCUGCACCACAGCACUGCCAGGCAGCAGUAAACGGAGGAGAAAAGAGGAGCUGCUGGGGAAGCCAUUCAGGAGACCCCAGCACGAACUGGACCCCAACGGCCUGGUUCCUCUGCCGGUCAAAGUGUGCUACUCCUGCAACAGGAGCUGCAGGUUGGCUCCACUGAUCCAGUGUGACUAUUGUCCUCUUCUGUUCCACAUGGACUGUCUGGACCCUCCACUCACUGCUUUACCUGCUGGGAAGUGGAUGUGUCCGAACCACGUCGAGCACUUGGUGUUGAAUCAGAGGACGCUCAGUCUGUCCAGCCGCUGUCAGCUCUUUGACCAGUUUCAAGAUAGAAUGUCCCAACACGCCGUCAAGUUGGACUUCCUGCGGAGAGUCCAUCGACAAAACGCACCCAACCGCCGCAGCAUUCACCAGCACAACAAGAAGACCCUGAAGGUGCCAGAUGCCAUCAAGUCCCAGUACCGGAGCCCCCCCCCCAUGCUGCUGCCGGCGGGCGUGCGACAGUUGGAGUUGGUCUGUAGCAACGUCCCCGAGCACCAGCCCUCCAAGCACUUCAGCACAGAGGCCGAGCAGCAGGAGUGGCUUCAGGACGUCAUCGCCCUCCAGUGCAGCAUCAUGCGCCACCUCUCCAUCAAGCAGAAGGCGUCGCCCACCGCGGCCACGGCGCCGUUGGCACCGCCGUCCACCGACUGGGACGUAGACCAGAAAGCCUCCACCAAGCCGCGCGAACCAUCAGAAGACGUGAAAACCCAUACCGCUUUAGGACGGACUUCUUCCCCCGACUCCCGCUCUAAACCCUGCGGUACGCCCACGGACCUCCAGGGGGCGGCGCCGGGGGCGUGUAAAUGCACCGCGACGCCCUGCCAGAACUGUCGGAAGCCCAACGGCCCCGUAGCCAAGGGGAGUCCGCCUCCCAAAGCCAACGGUCCAGUAGACUGUCACAGUGCCUCGGAGUCCCGCAGGCAGGCGGAGCUACAGCUCAGACUGAAGCCCCUCCCCCUCCCCGGUCCCCUCCCCCCAGACUCGGCACCCAACACGGGGACGCUCAACCACAUAGGACAAGAAAGCGUUAAGAAGGAGCCGGAGAGCACAACGGACACGUGCGCUCAGAAGAAGUGUCCCACUGCCCCGACGAUACGGCCCCACACAGACCAGCAGAACCAGAACCACCGGAGCCAGGAGCCCAGUCUGAGCAGUGAUGAGAAGCCAGCCAUCACCAGCAGCGGCCACGCAGACACAGCAGCCAAAGGGGGCCAGGAGAACCACCCAGAACAAGGACCAGCCAGUCCAGACAUAAAGGCUAGUCCUGGUCCUGGUCCUGGUCCUGGAUUACUGCCCAGCCCCCUGUCAUCCAUCACUGACCUGAAGGAAGGGUUGGACGGUGAAAGGGGCAUCGAGCUGGACCAGCUGGACGUGGAGAUGAUCAAGCUCCUGGCCUGGCAGAGGAUCCAGCAGCUGUUUCCCCCCAAAGCGCCCAGCACUUCUCCUCCUCUUCUUCCUCCUCCUCCUCCUCCUCUUCCUCCUCCACCUGCCGGCUCCGCCCCCAAAGCGCCGUCGUCGCCACCCCCUGACAGCCAGAGGAAGGUGCAGGCCAGAGCCGUCUUCUACCCUCUGACGGGGAAGGGGCCCGCCGUCAGCAUGUGCUACAGGACCUUAUACAUCGGAUCAGGUGCUGACAUGGACGUGUGCCUUACCAACUACGGACGCUGUAACUACGUGUCGGGGAAACACGCCUGUAUUUUCUACGACGAGAACACCAAGCAUUACGAGCUGCUGAACUACAGCGAACACGGCACCACGGUGGACAACGUCCUCUACUCCUGCGACUUCUCUGAAAAGAGCUCACCAUCGCCCCCCGGUGGACUGGUGGCCAAAGUCCAAGGCAUCAUCCGUCGCAGUAAGAAGCGUGAGGAGGACGAUGGUCCCGGGUCGGCGCCGGGUCUUCUUCCCGUGGGCGGGGUCAUGAGCAGCCAGCCUCAGGGGGGGGCGGAGCCUUCGUGCGGCUGUAAGGCCAGCAGCUCCAGUCUGAUUGGCGGCAGCGGCGCCGGCUGGGAGGGCACGGCGCUGCUGCACCACGGCAGCUACAUCAAACUGGGCUGCCUCCAGUUCGUCUUCAGCAUCACCGAGUUUGCCAGUAAGCAGCCCAAAGACGAGCCGCCCGCCGCCGCCGCGCCCGCCUCCAGUUGCACUAACGCCACCGGCGGCACCGCCUCCUCCUCCUCCUCGGUAACUCCGCCUCCAGCAGCCAGCACUGCCGCCGCCGUCAGCAGCCCGUCCAGCCAGGACGAGGCCGACGCAGACCCCGCCCACCAAGUGCCCGUUCUGCGCUCCGGCACGGUCCCGUAAACUCGCACAGGAAGUCUCCACCCUCCCUCCUUUUGUUUUGUUUUUUUUUUUUUUUUUGCACCUUUGGAGUCAUGAUGAAGGGAACGCUGCACAGCCGGUGUGUCGACAGGGAAACCUUUAUUUUAUUUGGUUCUUUUCAUUUUAACGGUUUCUAUCUUUGCAUGAACUUGAAGUAUUAUUGACAAUCUGUUCUGUUUUUGAAAUGACUGACAGUUCAUUCUGUUCACAGCGAGCAUUAUUUACACGUGCUCUUUUAGUUUUUGCCAGUAUAUUAGUUCUAUAUAUAUAUGAACCAUUACUUUGUCAGUCGGCCCGUUUAGCACAAACCUCUUUCUGAUAUUUUUUGUAGUAUUACAUCCAUACAUUGUCCUUUGUUUUGCUGCUUUUGCACCACAGGUAGCUAUUCUCUGUGUAUGAGAACGUACAUGCUUCUACACUAUGACCUGUACAUACUCUGUAAAUACCUCCUAUUCAGUGCCUCUCCGUUGGAGGAACAUUGGAUUUCAUGUAGAUUUACCAUUUUUUGGUUUUUAAACUGUACAGUUCAUGGAAUUUGUGAUACUGUGUAGAGUCCCAGAGGUUUUGUGAUAAAACUUGUUCUUAGUCUGUACUUUCCGCUCUAGUCCGUCUGUAAAUACUCGUUCUUGUUUUAGACCCUGGUUUUAACAUCUGUGCUGCUCUGUAUAUAAGCUCUGUCUGUACCUGCUCGUCUGUUCAAACCUGUAAAUACAGAAAGAUUUUCUAAGAACAAACGCAA